AUUUGUUUCUCGUAUCGUGAAUGUUUUUGUUCAAUCAUCACGUGUAUUUAUUGAGUUUGAUACUCAGGCUUAAUAGCAAAAUUAACUAACGCCAUGGAGAAGGAAUUAGACAGAGUAAUCGAAGAGAUAAUGGCCACGCCGAACGUGAACGGUUGCCUAGUCGCGGACCACCAAGGCCUCUGCUUGGCGUCGAAGGGUGCCGCGCACGUCGAUUCAGCGGGCGUAGUCGUGGCGAUAUCGGAGCAGGCCUGCAAGAUACAGCCCAACCUGAAGCCGCCGACCGUCUGCCUGGAGACCGACACUAAGCAGUGCCUCAUACAGCGGCACGGGACCAUCACGGGAGCCAUUUUCAAGCAGAAAGCUUAG